CCCUUGUGAAAUUCUAGCUUUCCUUAGGAUACAGCGCCAGGAUCGUAAAGUAAUCAAUUCAAAGUGCAAUUGACCCUCCAGUGGAUGCCUGCGGCUGUCACAAUUCCACUCUGCCAUUCAUCCAUUCAUCUGCAGCGCCGCUGCCUGCAUGGGCCACUUCAUCACUCUGGAUAGUGUAAACCAUGCCGCUUAUUCAACGGUUCUCUCUCUCCGUGAGCUUGAGCCAUCGGCAACAAAGAGCUCAGAGGGGACACGCAUCGGUCUGUCGGAGGUGACUCAUUGCGCACGGUCCGUCAGUUAGGGGACUUGAAUUUUACGCUCGCUUGUGAGGAUCGAUACCUCUCAGACUCAUAUUCUGGUGGAAGGCGUGGUCUGGUGUCACCGACACAGGGUUGAAUUUUCCAUAUUCAUUCCCCGGGUUUUGCCUCAUCUCUGACACACGGACGUGCAAACGGCACACAGCGGCUCAAGAUAUCAAGGAUUUGCAUAAAGCGACAUCUCUGUACAUCUUUGGAAUUCAACUAUAUAAAAGACAAAAACUGUGAAUUCGGCAUGGGAACUAACCCAAAAAGGACAGUGACAGUCCAAAUGGUGCCUCAGCUGGCUGGGGUGGAUUCACUCGGAAAUAAGGAGACUAAUGCCAACUGGGGCACCGAGUCCCACCUCAAAGUCUCUCAGGUCUGUCCAAAGAUGUUACCCACAUCUCCAGACACACAGGAUAACCAAUCUUCUACCACGGCUCCCGCCAAGGCCAUCCAACAUGUCCAGAAAACAGCCUCCAAGGGAGGUGAACCAGUUAACAGUGCUGUCUCUGAAAAAACGCCACCAGACAAUGGAAGCCAGACAAAGUCUGAGCCUGUCACGGUAGGAGAACAGUACUUGUUGAAGCUGUCACCAACAGACCCAAAUGUGAUCGAGACAGGGAGCGAUCAGAGGGAUUCUAAUGCAAAUAUGAAAACGGUGUCUCCAGCAAGAGGAAAGGAUGUGUGUGAGGCCAGUCUGCCUGCUGUUAAAGCCUCCAAGAUCGACACGAGUAUCAAUGAUUGCAGAAUUAAAGGGUCAAGUGGGCCAGAAGAGCACACACCACUGAAAUCCUUAGCCGCUGCGCAAGAAAUCAGUGAUAAACACGUAUCCCCGAAUAACAAAAACCGUAACACUGCCAAUGAGACAAAGGAUUUGGAAUCUGAAUCUCAUCGAGACAUCAAAGGGAGUAAUUCAGCUCCAAUUAAGGAUUGUGCUGUGUCACAGAACACUGACGAGUCGGAUCAUUUACAAAGCUGCUCAUCGAGCUCUGUCAUAAAAUCUGAACAAAGCAUGGAAACUUUACCCUCCCUCACUUCCACAAAACAUCCAUCUAUAGGUAAAGAGGCAGAGGCUAGGUCUGCGAAUGAGAAUUUGUGUUCAGCACAGCGAGAGAAGAAUUUUCCACCAGCAGAGAGAUCACCAGCCUCUUCAGAUAAACAUCAGCCUGUGUGUCCACAGGACUCCUCCGUUCCACCCCAGGCCACACAAAACAUGCCAACAUGCAGGCAUGUGGCUCAGGCAACCAGCCAGACUACUGCAGCUGUCUCUGCAGCAGAUCAGGGCCACAAAAUCUACAGGGAGGCUUCGACUAUGACCUCAUCCCCAUCAUCGGCCCCAGUCAAGCAUUGUCGUGAUAUGGAGGUUCAGGCCAGAGCGGACACGUCCAGUAAGGCCGUGGCCACCAGUCCGAGUCUUCUGCAACCCCCUACGACUCACAGGCCAAACAGUGGUGCAGGCCUCCGGGAGGACGCGCAGAUCAUGGCUGUCGUCUACCAGGCUAAUGACGGCGUGGGCGUCCAUCAGAUGUACACAACCUCCCUAUCUUCAACCACCGAUCAUAUCUCAGAGAGAUUCACAGUGGAGGCUGAGAUGUGUCCCAACCAAAACUCCGCUGCAAAUUCAGACAGUUCCUCCCAGUCGUUCGAGUCCCGGCUAGGAGCCAAGCCUAAAGAAACAGGAUCGGCUUUGUGCAACAUUCAGCCAGUUUAUCAAAUCAGCAUCGAGCACAGUAACAGCAAGAUGCGAGGGGAUGCAAGCGACUCGCUGAAUAAUAGUGGAGUUCAGACAACGGGGGGAAAAACUGCUCCUUCUCCGAGAGCAGGGACACCCCCAGGGACAGCCGAGGCUGCUCCCAAGACUGUAUCUGCUGACAGAAACAAUGCUGGGCUGUCACAAGCUGCUGUUACAGCAAAGGCCAAGCAGGCCGUACCCACAACAACAGCCCACACCGCAACCAAACCAGAUCCGACUAAAGAUAAGGCCCCGGCGAAGGAGACGGAUUCCGAACACAAGAGAAAAUCCAGCAGGAACGACGAGGACGAUGACCCGUCAGACAAGCAGAAAGGGAAAGGUGUUCAUGAUGUCGUCUGGGAUGAACAGGGGAUGACAUGGGAGGUCUACGGGGCUUCUGUGGACCCCGAAUCCCUGGGUUUUGCCAUUCAGAGCCACCUGCAGUGUAAAAUCAAGGAGCAAGAGAAGAAACUGAUAGCGCAGACCUCCUUCAGAAAGUCAAUCUCUGCUGCUGAUUCGCCGCAACAUGAUAAAAAGAACAAAAGGAGGCAGCAGAACAUUUUCAGGUCAAUGAUCCAAAAUGUCAGGCGACCCAACUGCUGUGUGCGUCCGCCUCCCUCCGCUGUCCUCGAGUAGCACAGUACAGAGGUAGCCAAUGACAGAUUCCUCCCUUUUCCUAGAGGUCACAAUGUUCGUCCUCCCCUCAUCAUGGUUGCAAUGCCAAGUGAAACAUUAAAGGGGCUUCUUUCCCUGCAAGUAAGUAUACUGGAAUGUUGUAGCAUAAAGAAUCAAAAUACUUGUGAUUUUUUGUGAUAAAAAAAGAUAGAAUAGAGGAUCAUAAAAUGAAAACUUCAACACAUAUUUUAUAGAAAUAUAUGUUAUCAAAAUGGGGGGAAAAAGGUUUAUAAUAAAGGCAAUAAAGGUAAAAUGCAUGUAUCCUAGUUUCAAAGAUCGUUGUAUGAGUUAAAGUCCAGAGUGUCAUUGUAAAAGGAGCUUAUCAUGAGGUAGAGCGAUCAUCGACUGUCAGAAAAACAAGCUGACAUCCCAUUUGUUGCAUUUGUUAUAAGUUUUCAAAUUGUUUUAGCCACCCUAUUUAUAAGAUUGCAGUUUUUUUCAUGUAUUAAUUUAUUUUCAGUGUGUUUUUAAAAAAGAGGGACUGUGUGCACUGGUAAAUGUGCUGUUUAAUCUCUGUUAAGCGUUGUUUUUUUAUUAAAACUUAAGAAAAACUA